AUGGUUGCUGAUACCACAUAUUACGAGGCCCUCGGUGUCAAAUCCGACGCGACAGAAUUAGAAAUUAAGAAAGCAUAUAGGAAAUUAGCUAUUAUCACUCAUCCCGAUAAAAAUCCUGGCGAUGACACGGCGCACGAAAAAUUCCAAGCGAUUGGCGAAGCAUACCAAGUUCUCAGCGAUGAGGACUUGCGCAAACGAUAUGAUAAAUUUGGAAAGGAUUCUGCACAACCUGGGGAAGGAUUUGCGGAUCCGGCAGAGUUCUUUGGGACAAUUUUUGGAGGGGAGGCGUUCUUGGAUCUCAUCGGAGAGAUUUCGUUGAUGAAGGAUUUGACAAAGACUAUGGAUAUUACUAUGCAGGAAGGUACGGAAGAGGAAGAAGAAUUCCCCGGGACCGAAGCAGCGAAACAGGAGAGUUUAGCCGCAGAUAAGGAGAAGGCUGGAGUAUCAGCGGCAGCAGAUGGCACAACGAAACAUGUACCCUCUGCAUCUGUGUCCGAGACUAUAGAUGCCUCUGCACCCGACUACUCGGAGAAGCCAGUAGCCGACCCCAGCCCUACCGUAUCAGGAACAUCAACCCCCAGACGUACUACGCAAAUUCCUCUCCGACCUGCUCUUAUGAAUCAAACCGAAGAAGAGGCUCAAAUGGCUGCGGCAGGUAUCACGGAAGAGGAGAAGGAGCUGAGGAAGAAAGAUAAGAAAAAGGCCGGUCUAUCCAAGGCCCAACGUGAAGAACUAGCCGCUUAUGAAAGGGAACGUGCUAAGGCCCGUCAAGAGCGAGUCGACACAUUGGCAAAGAAGUUGGUAGAUCGUAUAAGCAUAUGGACCGAGACAGACAAGGGGCCCGACGUUACCAAAGCAUUUCAAGAGAAAACACGCCUCGAGGUAGAGAACCUCAAGAUGGAAUCUUUCGGCCUGGAUAUCCUCCAUGCGAUCGGCCAAACCUAUCUCCAAAAAGCUACCGGACUUCUCAAAUCUCAAAAAUUCCUAGGCAUCGGCGGUUUCUUUUCUAGAUUAAAGGACAAGGGAACUAUCGCAAAGGAAACCUGGAAUACGAUUUCUAGUGCCAUCGAUGCGCAAAUGACCAUGGAGGAAAUGGCCAAAAUGGAAGAGAAAGGCGGCGAGGACUGGACGGACGAGAAGAAAGUCGAAUAUGAGCGUCGCGUAACAGGCAAGAUUCUUACAGCCGCAUGGCGCGGAAGCAAAUACGAGAUCCAGAGUGUUCUCAGGGAUGUUUGCGAUGAGAUUCUCAACGACAAGAAAGUCCCCAUGGCGAAGAGACUUGAGCGUGCUCAGGCUUUGGUUAUUUCGGGUGAAGUCUACUCUAAAGCUCAACGCAAUCCAGAAGAAGAAGGUGAUUACAUGGCGUUCGAACAAUUAGUCGCCGAGGCCGCAGCCAAGAAAGAGAACAAGAAAAAGGGAAAGGAUAAGAAAGAACAUGGGCAUCAUCACCACUCACAUCAUGUGGAUGCACAGGCUGCAGCCGAUGAUUUACCCAAUGUUCCUAAGGCUUAG